AGGGGGCAAUUCCCCUGGUGUCUGUUUAAAGAGCACUGUGUGGUGUGUGUUUAGGGCCGUUUGGAGAUAACCUGCUGCUCUGGGAGAAGCUGUGAAAUACUCUCAGGCAAGAGCAACUUUCUGAGCUGGGGUUUCACUCUUGCCUUCUAGGCUCACAUGCCUCCCCAAAAGCUGGCUCAGCAGAGACUUUUGAUCAAGGGGGGAAAAGUCGUGAACGAUGAUUGUUCUGUGGUGGCUGAUGUGUACGUGGAAGAUGGAGUGGUGCAGCAAGUGGGACCGAACCUAAACCCUGAGCCAUCAACUGGACUCGUUGUGCUGGAUGCGACCAACAAGCUGGUGAUCCCUGGGGGCAUCGAUACUCAUACACACAUGCAGUUCCCUUUUAUGGGUAGCAGAUCAAAAGAUGACUUCUAUACUGGAACAAAGGCUGCUAUAGCAGGAGGAACUACUAUGAUCAUCGACUUUGCCAUCCCUCAGAAAGGCUGUUCUCUUAUUGAAGCCUUUGAUACAUGGAAAAGCUGGGCAGACCCUAAAGUGUGCUGUGAUUAUUCACUACAUGUGGCAGUUACAUGGUGGAGCAACAAGGUGAAGGAAGAAAUGAAAACUCUUGUUCAAAACAAAGGCGUCAACUCCUUCAAGAUGUUUAUGGCUUAUAAAGAUGUAUACAUGGUCAAUGAUGAGGAGUUAUAUGCAGCCUUUUCCUGCUGUAAGGAACUUGGAGCAGUUGCUCAAGUCCAUGCAGAGAAUGGGGAGCUAAUUGCACAGGGUGCAAAGAAGAUGUUGGCAAUGGGAAUAACUGGCCCCGAGGGGCAUGAGUUGUGUCGUCCUGAAGAAGUGGAAGCUGAAGCUACGCAAAGAGCAAUUACCAUAGCAAAUGCUGUAAACUGCCCCCUUUUUGUAGUCCAUGUAAUGAGUAAAUCUGCAGCAAAGGUGAUAAGUAAUGCACGAAGAGAAGGUAAAGUGGUUUAUGGGGAGCCUAUUGCUGCUAGUCUUGGCACCGAUGGCACCAACUACUGGAAUAAAGACUGGGCUCAUGCUGCAGCAUAUGUCAUGGGACCUCCACUGAGACCAGAUCCAUCUACUCCAGGUUUCCUCAUGAGUUUACUGGCCAAUGAUGACCUAUCUGUGACAGGGACUGACAAUUGCACCUUUGAUAUAUGCCAGAAAGCUCUGGGGAAGGAUGACUUCACAAAAAUCCCUAAUGGAGUGAAUGGUGUUGAAGACAGGAUGUCAGUCAUAUGGGAAAAAGGCGUUUACAGUGGAAAAAUGGAUGAAAACAGAUUUGUAGCUGUUACCAGCACAAAUGCAGCAAAAAUCUUUAACCUUUACCCAAAGAAGGGGAGAAUUGCUGUGGGGUCUGAUGCUGACAUCGUAAUUUGGGAUCCCAACGCUACAAGGACAAUAUCUGCAAAGACACAUCACCAGGCCAACAACUUCAAUAUAUUUGAAGGAAUGGUCUGCCAUGGAGUCCCAGUUGCGACAGUUUCAAGAGGCAAAGUGGUUUAUGAAGGUGGAGCUUUCAAUGUCAUAGCAGGAGAAGGCAAAUAUGUCUCCCGUCCACCAUUCCCUCCAUAUGUCUACAAACGAGUCAGGCAGCGGGAGCAGGUCUGUCAGCCUGUUCCUGUUAAGAGAGCACCAUAUACAGGCGUGGCCUCAGCAAUACCCAUCGAACGAAAAUAACAGGCCCACUCCCCAGCUUUGGCUCUUGCAGAUAAAAAGCAAAUGAAAAUGACUCUGCUGUCCCCACCAAAGCAGUGCAUUCUGGGUCCAACAACCAAUCCACAAUCAACUUCACAAGAGCCAACAUGAAUCGACAAUAACCAAUAAACAUUAUGCUGUGCUUCUGGAUGAAAGUUGUCAUUGCCGUUUCUUUUUAAAAGGAAUUUUGUUAUUAGAACUGGAAAAUUCUUUUUAGAAAAUGGAAUAAUAAUAAAAU